AUGGAGCAGCGAAGCCUUCAGGACCUAGGUCGAGGUCAGUUGCGGCCGAUAGCGCAUUCGCCUGCGAUCGAUGCUGCCGUGGCAAGUUUAGGCGACAGCAUCGACCGCAGGCGAAUGCGGCCGGUUGCUUGUUUGCGCCGGUCCGAGGCCGAUCCUGCCGUGAUUGGUGGUGUCGGUCUUGCGCCGGUCGAUGUCGAAUUGCUUGUCGCGUUGGCGAGAGUCGUGCGGCAGUUGGUGAGUUGGGGUUUUUGCAGUGGCAUUCUUGAAUUUGACGGCAUGGCCGACGACCAACGUAAGAAGUCCAAAGAGGUCGUGGACUUGACCGGUGACUACUCAGACAGUGAUGAGUAUUUCUUCGCGGGAGCCCAGCGGCUCCGGACGGGCAGUGAAGAUCCGCUGCUUGAUUUGUUCAUGAAGAAGGAAGAGCAGCGGAUCCAUGCGGAGCACCAGACAGCGGCCGACUUGGUUCAAACGGCGCUGCGCACGGUGGGACCCAUGGCAGUGCGGGAGCUCCUGCGAAAAGAGAUCGUGGGCUUGGAAGAGCGCCACAGAAAGGAAGACAUGCGGCCCCAACGGGAGAUGGAGCAGGCGGUCGAGGAGUCAAUGGCUGAAUCAAUAGCCGAGGCCGAAGCACAGGCAGCGCAAGCUGCCGAAGACCAAGCGGGAGAAGCAGGCGCGGGAGCGACACCUGCGGUGGUACAGGUGCAAGAGCCGCCGGUUGGGCAAGCAGCGCCAGGGGUGCAAGCAGCGUCGAACAUCAAGAUCAAGGAUGAAGGCGUUGGGCAAAUGGAGGUCGAGAAUGGACCGCUCGGAAUGCGCGAGGUGCGUUUGGAGGACGUCCGCACCUUGAAGCUGCACGAACAGGACGAUUCCGCCCUCGGCGUUUGCGUGGACUAUAUCAACGGCAGAACGCGCCGUUUGCGGGUGCUGCAGCAGCUGGACUCGCGGCUGCAGGAUUGGGGGUGGACACCGGCGUUGCGUGAGCCGGGGGAGCGAUAUCUCACUCUGUUUUGUCGGAGUGGGUUGUUCGAAACCCAGGUGACGCGGCUUGUGUGUGCCUUGGAGCACAUGACAAUUUUGGAAAUUCCUUUGGCGGAAUUUGUGGACUGGAAAGACAAGAUGCGCGAGCGCAUCUCGGACUGGAGCUACGACGCUCUGCGGGUCCGAGGUGGGAAGCGACGGCUGGGCCAAUUGCCGCACAAUGUGGGGCUGUUGGCGAACGGGAUGACUAAUUUCGCCUUGGUUCGAGCUGCAAGCGGGCGGGUGCCCGCCGAGAUUGUCUCCCGGCUCGCAGUCCGCGUUCGAAUGCGGCGCGCUCUUGAGUUGGCCCGUCUUGGAUCAAGUACUGGCGGCCUGCGGGCGAACAACGUGCGCCAAGCACUGCCGGGGUUUGUGAUGGGGUCGCGACCAGCUCCGAGUGGGUCGCCGGCGAAGCGAACGGCGGCUGAGUCGACUCAGGAGUCGAAGCGUCGUGCGAGGCUUGAACGCCGCAGCCCGUGGUAUGUCGACCCGAGGGGGGCGCGGAUGGCGGCCGGACCACCGGAUGCGGGGUACUAUGGGGCUCCGCAGGCCUCGUCGAUGGUUGUGGGAACGCCUUCGGUUCCGGUGGCGGCGCCGGUGAAGCGAGAAUGGAAGCAGGAGUCGGCGUCAUCGGCCGAGGAUGGGCAAGUGGCAGAGGAGUCCGAGGAGGACUUUGGGGAUGAACCGCCGCGGAGUACAAGUGACCGCCUUCCGUCGUUGCAUCGCUGGUAG